ACAGCGAUUACUAUCUCUCUAGCUUGGUAUCAGUUUUCCAUGGCCUUCAAGGACAUCUUCGGCGAUCUCCCCGCCGCCAGCGCGGCCGCCGCCGUCGCCGCCUCUCCUCAGUCCUCUCCCCCUGGGUCCUCUCCUACCCUCCCCACCACCACUCCCGCUGCCACCUCCGCCCUCUCCACCAUGAUCACACCUCCUGCUGAUCCCUACCUUCUCAAUUUCCAUCAAGAUCACAUCUCCAACCACAUCAAAUUCAAACUUGACCCUAGCGAAAACAACCACAUCAAGUGGCGGACGUUUUUCAACUGCAGCAUCGUGUCCAGGACCACGUCCUGCAUCCGGCCCCAGCCCAUCCUGAUGCCACUUGGCUCGCCAUCGAUCAGCGGCUCAUUCUCUGGAUCCUCUUUACCCUGGCCGACCCCUUCUCGAGCUCAUCAUGGGCGGCGCGGCUGACGCAUACACGGCCUGGACUCACAUCCGGGACUACUUCCAGGCCAACCAGGGUGCCCAGUACCUGCACCUCACUCGCCAGUUUCGCACUCUUCAGCAGGCGACCUCACGGUCUCGGAGUAUGCGCGGCGCCUCAAGGCCCUCGUUGACGGCCUCGCGGACACCGGCCACCCCGUCACCGACCACGACCUCACGAUGCAACUCCUGCAUGGCCUCGCCACCCGCUUCGACACCAUCCGCACCAUCCUCGGCGACACGGACCCGCUGCCUCCCUUCGCCGUCACGCGCUCUCGGUUGGAUCUCGCGGAGUACAACCUCAACCUUCACGCGGCCGAGGCGGGUUCCGCGGCCCUCACCUCACUGGAGGUUCCGGCUGCAACCCCGACCGCGGCGAUCGCGGUGACCGUGGCGACCGCUCGGAUCGCGGCGAUCAUGCUCCCUCCUCUAGCUGCGGCUCUGGUGGCGCUCGCGGCAACGGUGGUGGUGAUCGUAGCCGUGGCCGUGGUCGCAACGGUGCUCGCGGCCGUGGCGGCCGCUCCGACUCUGGUGGACGGGUCCCUCCACCGCAACACCCGUCGCCGUGGACAGGCUACUUCGCUCCUUUCGGCAUGGCCCUGCCGGCUCCCCGCCCCGGCUGGGUUCCUCGCAAUGCUGCAGGCGUCCUCGGACCGCGCCCAGGCGUCCACUCCCAGGCCUACCCACUGAUGUACUCCGGCCCGACCCCGCCCUCCUUGCCGCCGCCGGGUUCUUCGUCGCUCUCGCUCAUCGCUCCUGGCUGGGAUCACGCCGCGCUGCUCCAUCAGGCCUACAUCCGGCACGGUCUACCCCAACAGAGUGCGGACUGGAUCCUCGACUCCGGCGCGGCCACACACGUUAACGCAGGCCCUUCAAACCAAGACUCCCCUCAUGAAGUCCAGUAGUCCCGGUCCUCUCUACCCAUUUUAUGGCAAGCAACACUAUGGCGGCACUGCUUUCUCCAUUACUUCCAGUGAUCUGUGGCACCAGCGUCUUGGCCAUCCGGGCAAGACCUCCUUAGCAUCUCUUUCUCAAAAUUUUCUUCCCGAUUGUAAUAAUGCUACUAGAUCACCUUGUACGGCAUGCCAACUUGGACGGCAGCCUCGUUUAUCUUUUCCCUCUUCCAAUAAUUGUA